AUGGCGAUCAGAGAUCUGCAACACAGUCUGAAAGUUUGUCAAAUGCAAUGCUUGGCAUUAAAGCAUCAUAUGGCCGACGCCAUAUAUAGUAUACAAUCAACGGUGGACGAGCAGCGGUUGGCAGUUAACAGCUUGAGACUUCAAGUGUCGAACAUCAAAAUGGAUUUAACCCGUUCUAUAGUCAAGUUGAAAAAUCCAGAGACGACGUCCGCUGAAAAAAACACCGACAAAUUCGAGAAAAAGUCUGACAACUCCGACUGCUGCAAGCUAGGCAGCCUGAAAACACAGAUUUCAUUUCUCGAAAGUAAAAUAUGCAGGAAAAUAUCGGAAGAGAUCGUGGAGAAAAACUCGUCGGAAAUCAACGAAAUGAACCACACGUUUCGGGAAAUGAUGUCGACGAGACUGUACGCGAGCGCUGCUGCUGUGACGUCGACAGCAGAAAAAGCACAUUGCCACCAAACCUCCGCUCCGCCGACCACCUCGUCGCUUCAACCAGCUGCAGGGCCGCCACCGGUACAACCGGUCCCGAGAUCACCGCCUCCUCCUUCCGCGGUAACCUCAGCAGAUUUUGGGCCGCCUCUACCGCCGCCGCCACCUCUUCCUUCCGCGGUAACCCAUGCAGAUUUUGGGCCACCUCCAACGCGGCCGCCUCCUCUGCCGUAG